AUGUCCAAGGACCCGUCCUGCAGCCAGGGGGCUCAGUAUGUGGGGCCCUACCGGCUGGAGAAGACUCUGGGGAAAGGACAGACAGGUUUAGUGAAACUUGGAGUGCACUGCAUCACGGGUCAGAAGGUGGCCAUCAAAAUAGUGAACCGAGAAAAGCUCUCCGAGUCGGUGCUCAUGAAGGUGGAGAGAGAGAUAGCAAUUCUGAAGCUGAUCGAGCACCCGCAUGUUCUGAAGCUGCAUGAUGUUUAUGAGAAUAAUAAAUACCUGUAUCUGGUGUUGGAGCACGUAUCCGGCGGUGAGCUGUUCGACUAUUUAGUGAAGAAAGGACGACUGACACCCAAAGAGGCUCGAAAGUUCUUCAGGCAGAUCAUAUCAGCGCUGGAUUUCUGCCACAGUCACUCAAUCUGUCACAGAGAUCUGAAGCCAGAGAAUCUCCUGCUGGACGAGAAGAAUAACAUCAGAAUUGCUGACUUCGGCAUGGCCUCCCUACAGGUGGGGGAGAAUCUGUUAGAGACGAGCUGUGGGUCUCCUCACUACGCCUGUCCAGAAGUAAUCAGAGGUGAGAAGUAUGACGGGCGGAGAGCAGACGUGUGGAGCUGUGGAGUGAUUCUGUUCGCUUUACUCGUGGGCGCGUUACCCUUCGACCACGACAACCUCCGACAGUUGCUGGAGAAGGUGAAGAGCGGCGUCUUCCACAUGCCCCACUUCAUUCCUCCUGACUGCCAGUCUCUGUUACGUGGAAUGAUCGAGGUGGAUCCAACCAAGAGGCUCACGCUGGAGCAGAUCCAGAAACACGCCUGGUACCAGUCGGGUCGUAACGAGCCACACCCGGAGCAGCCGCCACCCAGGCGUGUGUGUGUGAGACGAAUCCUCUCUCUGACCGAGCUGGACCCGGACGUGUUGGAGAGCAUGUACUCGCUCGGCUGCUUCAGAGACCGAGUCAAACUCAACCGAGACCUGCAGUGUGAGGAGGAGAACCAGGAGAAGAUGAUUUAUUACCUCUUACUGGACCGUAAGGAGCGCUACCCCAGCUAUGAGGACGAGGACCUGCCGCCCAGAAAUGAUGUAGAUCCUCCCCGGAAGCGCGUGGACUCGCCCAUGCUGACCCGUCAUGGUCGUCUCAGGCCGGAGAGGAAGAGUCUGGAGGUGCUGAGUGUGACGGAGCAGGGCUCCCCAACACCUCCGCGCAGGGCGCUGGACACCUCUGCUCACAGCCAGAGAUCACGGUCAGUAAGCGGAGCAUCGACUGGUCUCUCCUCCAGUCCUCUGAGCAGUCCCAGGGUGACCCCUCAGGGAUCGCCUCUGCCCACACCUCUGGGCACCCCAGUGCAUCACCCCCAUCCUCCCCCUACCUCCUCCUGCUCUUCCUCCCGUGCCGAAGGAGGAGGCGUCGGCUCGCUCUCCCUGACGCCGCCCACCAGCCCGGGAGGGGGCGGCGCCAGCAUGGCGGCCAGCAGCUCCGCCCACUGGAGGACCAGACUCAACUCCUUCAAGAACAACCUGCUCGGCUCGCCGCGCUUCCACCGCCGCAAGCUGCAGGUGCCCACCUCAGAGGACAUGUCCAGCCUAACGCCGGAGUCCAGCCCUGAGCUGGCGAAGCGUUCCUGGUUCGGCAACUUUAUCAGCCUGGAGAAGGAGGAGCAGAUCUUUGUGGUGAUCAGAGACAAACCGCUCAGCUCCAUCAAGGCCGACAUCGUCCACGCCUUCCUCUCGAUCCCAUCCCUCAGUCACAGCGUGGUGUCCCAGACCAGUUUCCGGGCGGAGUAUAAGGCCUCCGGGGGCCCGUCCGUCUUCCAGAAGCCCGUCAAGUUUCAGGUGGACAUCUCCUUCUCAGAGGGCGAGAGGGAACGAGAGCGAGAGAGGGAAGGGAAGAGAGAUUAUGGGAUCUACAGCGUCACCUUCACCCUCAUAUCAGGUCCGAGUCGCAGGUUCAAGAGGGUGGUGGAGACCAUUCAGGCCCAACUGCUCAGCACACACGACCAGCCGUCGGUCCAGGCCCUCGUGGCACCACGACCCGCUCUCGUUCCCGCAGACGAGAAGAACGGACGCCCACACGGAACCCCCAGCAGACAGAACUCGCGCCGCUCCGAGGGCGGGGCCGACCGCUGCGAGUGGGUGGAGCGAGGAGAGGGCGGGGCCCUACUCCAGAGGAGAGGUUCGGCCAAGGAGCGGAGCCGACUGCUCUCCUCCAACGGGACCCAAUCACAGCCCUGAGAAAUACCAUCCAGUAUCAGACACGGCACAACACUCACACGUCACCCAACACCACACCACACCACACCACGGCAUGAUGGUAACAUCUCACGCGGGUUUAUUUACAACGGGGCUUAAAAAUUCAGCAGAACGUCAUCAAUACAAGAGAUCAAAUUAAUCACAAACCCUGAUUAGAUUUAAAUAGAGCUGGAUGAGCUACAGAUGAGCUACAGAUGAGCUGGAGCGAUAAUCAGGAGGUUUUAUUCUCUGUGCUGGUAAUCGGAGUUACGACUCAUU